CUGUGGGAGGUGUAGUCGGAGUCGCUCCCAGCAGGCAUUGCGGUACACGCUGACAGCUGUUUACUAGAUCGGCAUGCCACGGGCCCGGAGGAGCAAGAGGGGCCCCACCAGUCGGGGUGAGAGCGGGAGAAGGGGGGAGGUGGUGACCGCUUUUAUGACAGGUUUUCUUACAGCAGAACCGGCUGGGGCGGACGGCAGUGACGCCCCCGAUAUCCAGUCCUACCAGGAGCAGCGGGAAGAUAAACUGAAGGAAGAUAUCGAAAAUCUGCUGGACAAGAGUGUGAAGACGAGGCUUGCAGCGCUGGGGAACCUGCGCCUCGCCCUGUCCUCCCAGGUCCUCGGAGACUUCUUGCUGGAGAGGAGAGUGACGCUCACAGACGCUCUGGAACGUUGUCUGAAGAAAGGCAAGGAGGAGGAGCAAUCUCUGGCCGCCAUAUUGGUGUCUCUUCUCUGCGUCCAGCUGGGAUCCGGCCCCGAGGGUGAAGAAGUCUUCCGCAGCGUCAAGAACCUUCUAUUCAGCACCCUGACCGACCCCAGCCACGCCGCGUCCGCCCGACAAAGCUGUGCCGCGGCUCUGGGGAUCUGCUGUUACAUCGCCGCGACAGAUGACGAGGACUUGGCUUCCAGUCUCAGCUGCUUGGAGGGGGUCUUCACCCCGGUAUACUCGGAGAAUCACAGCAGUCCGGCCAGUCUGCAGGGCCUGGUGUGUGGCGCCAUCCAGUCCUGGGCGCUGCUGCUGACCAUCUGCCCUGCCAGCCGCAUACAGAAGGCAUUGGAGAGCCACCUCCCAUACUUCUCCGGAGUCCUGUCCAGCGAGAACGUCGGCCUGCGCAUUGCUGGCGGGGAAAGUCUCGCCCUCUUGUACGAGCUGGGCCGUGAUUUGGAGGAAGACUUUGGCAGCGAUGAUGUGGAUUCGCUGUGCGUAGCGCUGAAAGCAUUAGCCACCGACAGCAACAAAUACCGCGCAAAAACCGACCGCCGCAAACAGCGCUCGAUCUUCCGGGACGUCCUGCACUACAUCGAGGGAGGGGAGUGCCAGGAGGAGACGAUAAAGUUCGGUCUGGAGGUCAUGUACGUGGACAGCUGGGUGCGCAGGAGGACGUACUGCACCUUUAAGGAGGCGCUGGGCUCCGGGAUUCGCUAUCACUUGCAGCACAAUGAAGUUCUACGAGACAUCUUCUCCCUCGGGCCCCCUCUCAUCCUGGACGCCGCUGCCAUCAAAGCAAGCAAAAUCUCCCGGGUGGAAAAGCAUAUGUUCAACUCCGCCGCCUUCAAAGCGAGAACUAAAGCCAGGAACCGCGUCCGGGACAAGCGAGCGGACGUCCUAUAGUCACCGGCCCCCCCUCCAUCCUGUACCAGCCACCGUACCGGAGAUCCUAAUUCUGGGGGGCCCCGCCCCCCCUUCAUUCAAAGACUUGCGUAUAUCUAUUUAGUAUCAAUUUAUUACCAGCUGGAGAACUUGAAGAGCUUCGCGCUGACCUGAAACCUUCAGCGAGAGAGGUGAGACUUGGCAGCGAAGCACAGACCGACCCAAAAGGUUUUUUUGUUU